AGAUCCAUGGAGACAGAACGUUGGCCGAUCCAGGUCGAGUAUAAAAGGGCCGCAGAUCAGUCUCAUCUCCCCUUUGCAUCUAGACUUUGACGCAAGUUGACUUUUUGCAAAACAACCUUUGAAAACCAAACUCUCGCAGUUUUAAACCGCUAGAGAUAAUCUGAUCUUGUUGUAAAGCUAAACUCCUGCAUCAGUGAACCGUGACCAUGGUCGUCAGCCGCCCCCUGGAGCACCUGCUGGCAGCAGUCCUGGAGCUGCGUCUCGUCCCUGGAGGAGACGGCUUCGCGGUGUUGGACGGUGAUGCAGGUAACUAUCUCCCAGACCUCAUCUCUUCUGAUGAGGAAGGUGAGUAUGGGGCUUUUCCUCACGGUCAGGUUUCUCUAAUUGAGUCCGACGAGGAGGAGGGUGCCUACUGGUCUGACUCUGCCAGUGAAGACUCUGGCUACGGCUCCCCAUCUGAGGACGAAGAGGACCCAUUUGACGAGGACAUCCGUCUCCGCUCCCCUCUCCUCCAGAAGCUCCCACCUCCUGCUCCCCUUGGUGCCCUGUUCCCCAGUCUCUUUGGUGGCCAGCCUCCGGAGCUGCCUGCGCAGCCCUCUGCUCCCUCCACCCCAGGCCUCACCUCCACCAAGAGGACCAGGGAAGACAGCGAUGGAGAGCAGGUAGGUACGAAGAGGCAGAGGAUCCACCCUGAGGAGCCAGCUCCCUCGUCUUCAGGCCUCGCCUCCUCCACCAAGAGGACCAGGGAAGACAACGAUGGAGAGCAGGUAGGUACGAAGAGGCAGAGGAUCCACCUGGAGGAGCCAGCACCCACGCCUCCUGCUCCCAGGAGCACAGAAGAGGACUACAGGGACUCUGCACCCUCCACCUCUUCAGGCCUGGCUACCUCCACCACCAGGACAUUCUGGCUCGGUCCUCGCCAUCACCAGUGGGACGAUGACAGCGACUCCGAUGAGGACAGCUGGUAAUGUAUACUGCAGGAUUGGAAAGCCUUUGCGUCUAGCGGGGCAGAAGAAUCCUCAGGAAGCCUUUGCGUCUUGCGGGGCUCACUCAGCCCUCGGUAGCGUCUUGCACCAGGGCCCACUUGUACAUAUCUGAAUCUUGAGGGCUAAAAGGCCCAGGUGAACUCUCCACAUCUGACAUUGUUGUGGAUGCAUUAGGUAGCGUCUUGCACCAGCUAUUUCUUUUUACAGGUCUUUUUAUUACAGUUAAUGUAUUUGGACAAUGUGGGGUUCAGUGUCUUGCAUCUAUAUUUGAAUCUCACACCCAACAAAUAACCCAUUACAAAAAACUAAAACUAACACUAAAACUCAUCAAAACUAAACUAAAACUAAACAUUUUCAAAAAAAACGAA